GUGGUCGCUCCUCUAAAUAUUUCUCCUUGAGGAGGAGCUUUCUAUGUUUUGGAAGCGGGCUCAGAUGACUGCGGAAUAUAACACAGUGACAAGACAUUCAAUAAAUUUCAUGGAAUAGAGUUGUUUUAAUUUUCUGCAGGAGUAAUAUGAAAUGCAAUUUUAUCCCAGUGCUUUUGGAUAGAUUCAACUGAUGAAAUGGCACGUUCACUGAUUCUUGUUGUGGGUAUUUUAGUGAUUUUGAUACCCAGUCUUCGUACUGGAAAAGCUGAGCCUUAUUUUGAGGAAGAGAAGAGGUCUUCUUGUCAAGGUUCUUUCGACUUGUAUUUUGUCCUCGACAAAUCGGGAAGUGUCAAAAACCACUGGAUUGAAAUUUACUCCUUUGUGGAGCAUCUUGCGGAGAAAUUUAUAAGCCCAAUGUUACGAAUGUCCUUCAUUGUCUUCUCAACUCGUGGAACCACGAUUAUGAGACUCACAGAGAACAGAGAUGAUAUUACCAAAGGCUUAAAUAUGUUGAGGAGAGAAAUACCAGGAGGUGAUACAUAUAUGAAUCUUGGAUUGGAAGAGGCAAAUAAGCAGAUAUAUCAUGGAAAUUAUGGGACAGCCAGUGUGAUCAUAGCACUGACGGACGGGGAGUUAAACGACCAUCAGUUUGUCACAGCACAGCAAGAGGCGCAGAGAGCUCGGUCUUUGGGAGCCAUUGUAUACUGCGUUGGUGUAAAAGACUUUAAUCAGACACAGCUGGCCACAAUUGCAGACACCAUAGAGCAUGUGUUCCCUGUUAUUGGAGGAUUCCAGGCCCUUGAAGGAAUGAUAGACUCUAUCAUCAAGAAAUCCUGCAUUGAAAUUUUAGCAGCCGAGCCAUCCAGUGUAUGCGCUGGUGAUUCUUUCCAAGUGGUUGUGAGGGGAAAUGGAUUUUUGCAUGCCAGAAACAUCAAUCAGGUUCUGUGCAGCUUCAGAGUCAAUGACACAGUUACACUGAAUGAAAGACCUGUCAGCGUUGAAGAUACGCUCCUCCUUUGUCCCGCACCAAUCAUAAAUGAGGCUGGAAAGGUGAUAUAUCUGCAGGUUAGCAUGAAUGAGGGUUUGUCCUACAUCACAAGCUCAGUGCACAUCACUACUGCUGAAUGUUUUGAUGGGACCAUCCUGCUCAUCUCGUUGCUGGCUGUUUUCCUGUUGUUGGGUUUGGUGCUGAUGUGGUGGUUCUGGCCUCUGUGCUGUACAGUGGUCAUCAAGGAAGUGCCUCCACCCUCUCCCCCUGAGCCUGAGCCUGAUGAUGAAGAUGGCAUGCCCAAAAAGAAAUGGCCUACAGUAGAUGCAUCCUACUAUGGUGGAAGAGGAGUUGGUGGAAUCAAAAGAAUGGAGGUCCGCUGGGGGGACAAGGGCUCCACGGAGGAAGGAGCUAAACUGGAGAAGCCAAAGAACGCUGUGGUGAAAAUGCCUGAAGAUGAAUACGAGCCAUAUGAACCCAAACUCAGAAAGCCUUAUGGGUGCAGACCUGCCCAUCAUAGGAAGUGGUACAGUCCUAUUCAGGGGAAACUGGAUGCUUUGUGGGCCCUUUUCCGUCGAGGAUAUGACCAGGUGUCACUCAUGAGACCCCAGCCUGGAGAUCAGGGGCGAUGCAUCAACUUUACCCGGGUGAAAGCAGAGGAGCCAAGGUCACCGCCAAGCAGCCACCUUCCACCUCCGCCGCCCCCUUCAGACCAUCAGCCACUCAUGCGCCCUCCGCCCAAAAGACCACCAUCCCGGGGACCCUCCAUCAACCGCUCACCCCCAGGACCUCCACCAGCCCGGGCACCCCCAGGCCCCCAUGGACCCCCUCCUUCACGACCUCCACCCUGCCCUGGGAACAGGCAUUGAGAACAAUGGAGGGUCUUCACAGUUACCAUAAAAUCUCUGCCUUUAAUUCAAAUUUGUGAUUUUUUUUUCUAAAGCCACUGGUUUGCUAGUUUCAGAUACAUGAAAUUGUUGAUUUAGAUUGAAUGAAAUGUGAUUUAACUGUGGUACACUCUUAAAAAUAAAGGUGCUUUAUUGGCAUAUAUGGUUCCAUGAAGAACCUUAUCAUCCACAACAUUUCCAUUCUACAUAAGGGUCUUUAUAAUAAAAAGGGUUUAGAUUUUUAAAAUGUUCUUCACAUUUAGCAAAAAUAUAUGUUCGUUGAAAGGUUCUUUGGGGUACUGAAAAUGAUUCUUCUGUGGCAUCACUGCGAAAUCCCUUUUUUUGAACCCUUAUUUUUAAGAGUGUGUGUUCUUACUAUAAAAAGAGGCACUGAAAGAGGGACUGCAUCAAUGCAUGAGAUUAUUAUACGUGCAAAAUUAAUGCAUUUUAAAGCACUUAAGAUCUUUGAAUGUUGACUUUGGGUAUUUGUAUAUCAGAUUUUGCAUGAAUGUGGUCAUCUACUGACACAUUAACGUCAAGGAUAGCAGAGUAAGUAUGGUAUACAUUAUGCCCUGUUUUAAUUUGUAUAAUAUUAACUGGUCACAUCUUUAAAAAGAAAAUCUGACAUGUUGUGACUGCAGGGCAGUACAAACUUCUAAUUUAUUUAGCCUUGAGUUCCUGGUAGGCACUUGAAUAUAAAAUGACAGGGUGUCCACCACUGGUACGGGACACUCAGCAUGAUAUUUUAUGUAAUAUAUUUUGUGUUUUGCUUUGUAGAUCAUGGUCAUCAAUAGUAGUCCUAUACAGCAAAAAAUAUUAAAGUCAUAAAUAUGUUCA